UGCAGACAGAGGAUGCUCAGACUGGACAAGGCGCUCUAGGAGUUCAGGAUCUGUAUUGAUGCAGCACUUUUCCUCUGUUUUUAAUUCUACUCGCUCUUUAGAAACUAUCUGAUCUGUUUCUGAAGCUGCUCAUCAGGGAAAAGUUUGUUUUUUAUUAUAUCAAUAGCUUUACUUUGGGUUGUUUUCAUUGAAAAAGAUCCUAAAUUACCAGCAUGCUGUCCAGCGUACGACGGCACAGUCUUCGCCUCCAAACGGAGCUCCACCGCUGGAGCAUCUGUGACCCGGGCAGCCACCUCCUCCCGGACGGGCUCCUGGCCCGCGUGCCUGCCUGCAUCUCGCGUUCCAAGUCCUGCGCGAGCUCCACCGGGGAGUCGGAGUGCAGCCGCGGGAGCUGGUCGUCCUCAGACUCGGUUAUCUCCGUUGACUCCGUCGGGGGCGCGGUGGAACCCGGGAGCCCCUACCGGGUGGUUCUGCUGGGGGCCAGCGGGGUCGGAAAGACGUCUUUCACCAGCAUCUUCGCAGGCGCAGCGGACAGCAUGGACAGUGAUGACUAUGAGCUGUGUGGAGAUGAAGUGUCUGAGAGGGAAAUUGAGGUUGAUGGAGAGCCUGCAACAAUAAACCUGCUGGAUACCUGGGAUGCAGAGAAAGGUGAUGAGUGGACUCAGGAGCGCUUCAUGCAGAUAGGUGAUGCCUACCUGCUGCUCUACUCUAUUACUGACCGGGCCUCCUUCCUGCGAGCUUCUGAGCUCCGGAUAACUCUACGGCGCUUCCGUCCUGCCCGGCACACCCCUAUAAUCCUGGUGGGGAACAAGUGCGACCUGGUGAGGCGCAGAGAGGUGUCGACAAGUGAGGCCCGUGCUUGUGCAGCCGUGUUUGACUGCAAAUUCAUCGAGACCUCCGCAGCCAUGCAGCACAACGUCUGGGAGGCUUUUUACGGCAUUGUGAGGCAGCUGCGCCUGCGACGAGACUCCAAAGAGGACAACAGACGUCGCAGGCACAUACACAGUGACAAACGCAGAGACAGCCUUCCCGUUAGGGCCAAGCGUUUCCUGGACAAAGUGGUGGCGAAAAACAAUCCCAACAUGGCGUUCUGGCUUAAAUCCAAAUCCUGCCACAAUCUGUCAGUGCUUUAGAUCACACUGAAUGCGGGUGGAAACACCUGAGAAGGUUAAACAGGUUAAAGGUUGGAGGUAAAUAGCUGUGAACAAAGCUGGACAGACCUUCACUGCCUCUGAGGAGCCAUGAGUUGGAUGUUUUGCCAUCCACCCCCCAUCAGCAAAGGUGGUGGUGCAGGUGUGCAGCAUACCUACCUAUAUGUGCUGUCAUCAAACUGAGUGGACUGUAUCAGUUGGACAUGUCAUAAAUCAUGGGACAGAUCUAUGGUAUCUGAUGCAUUUAAUGGAAACAAAAAAAAGCUGUGAUCUUUUCCUUCUGUUUUCUUUAAACUUUUUUCUCUUCAUAUUUUUUUUCCAUAUUUUGCCAAAUCCUAAAUCACCUGCCCCCCCUUUCUUCAUAUAUCAUUUUGAAGACCUCUGUAAUAAUUACACAUUUUGUUUUUUCUUGCUGAUGCAGUGUUUGAUGCAGUAAGUGUAAAAA